GGUGCAUGCAUCAGUGUGCUCGAUGUGGCAGGCGAGUUUCUGCGUGUACUCGUGUGUGUGUGUGUAGUCGAAUUACAUUGGUUAGGAAAGUAGGAGGAUCCUGUGGUGAGUUGACUGCUGAAGCCCUGUCCUGGGCUGUCCAGCCUCGUACUACAGUGCUUCUCAGUGUACUCGGUGUUCUUGUAUUUUUUUCUUUUUCUAAUGGGCUGAGUUUAUUUGCUGUAACUAUGCCAGGCGUGCUGUUUGAACAGGAUCAAGUCAAGUUCAGGCGUGUCGGUCUGUAAGCGUGGGCUCAACAAUGCACGCACUUUAAACUUUAAACCAGUAUUACUCUGCUGUUUCUACUUUUUCUAAUCCUCUUGUUUUCACGGCUGGCUGUCAUGUCCCAGCGCUGACAAGCCCCUGGUUUUCUGAGUCAGACUCAGACAUGGAGGGAUCCGACGCAGACACCAAACAGACAGAGACCUGCUUCGACAGGACCUUCUCGGCUCUCACCGUGGACGAUGUGUACGAAAUAGCCAAACUUAUCGGCACAGAGGUGGAGAAACUUAUCGACGGCUGCGGUAAAGACAGCGUGGUGGGUCUUGUGCCGAAAAUAGUGAAAGUGCUCGAGCUGCUGGAGAGCUUCGCUUCGAGAAACCAUGCUCACAAGCUGAGGGAGGAGGAACUGCUGAAGACCUUCGAGACGAUACAGCUCCAGCAGCAGAAGAAACGAGCGGGGAAAGACAGCGAGGAGGGCAACGAGAAACAUGAGAUACUGGUGAGAGCAUGGGAGCCUUUAAUCCUCCCCAGCAUCUUGUACAUCAGAGGCGCCAUGCCUGUACUUACCCUGUGUUAUACCUACGCCACAUCUAUGCAACAGUGUAGUAUACCUGUUUAGGCUGUAAACAGCUAAAGCUAGCAGACUAGAUAUACCUGUGUUGAACGCUGUAGAGGCAGAAGGUUAGCCUCAGAAGCUUAUAUUUUCCAUGUUUUGUUUUGUUUUUAAAAUUUGACAAAUAUCCCUGUUAUGGUGGCUGUCCAUUCUUCCUAAUUAAUGUCACUCUUGACCCGAAAUACCAGCCCUGGUCGUCAAGGCAACCAUGGCACGACGGUUAUUUAGCCAAAGUUAAUAAUGACCGAGAGCUGCAGUUUGGAUGUUUAACAUUGUUCAGAAAAUUUAAAUGGCACUGAAUUUAAAUGAAACAUUGGAGAAACUAGCUUUGGUAGCAUAGCACAAAUUAUAUCACGAAUGUAUGUAUUUGGUUAAAAAAAAAGCUAGCAAAUCAACCAGUCUGCAUUCCCCCUUUUGUAAACAGUCAGAUAAUAUACUAGGAUAGGGCUGGGGGAUAAAGCGAUAACGAUAUAUAUCGAAAAUUAAUUCCCUCGAUAUCAAUAUAAAACAAGGGCUGUGUCCAAAAUGGAUCCCUAACCCCUAUAUAGGGGACUAUAUGGGGGUUAGCGCCAUUUUGAGGGGUGUCCGAAACCUCAGUGAUCAGUAGCUGUGUCCGAAAUGAAUCACUCAAUCCCUAACCCAUAACCCCCAUAUGAGGUUUCACUAUAUAGUUGACUAUGUAGUGAACUCAAUCACUGGAGGUUUCGGACACUACAUGGAUGACGGGAUGCCCACCACUGGUGAGUGACCAUUGAAUGGUCACUACAUUUUGCAAUGCUUUAUAGGAAAUUUUGAGUCACCUGUAUGGGGCAAUGGAAUUGAUCACUGAGGUUUCGGACACCCCUCAAAAUGGCGCUAACCCCCAUAUAGUCAUCUACAUAGGGGUUAGGGAUCCAUUUCGUAUACACCAAGUUCGAAUGCCCCAUAUAGGCAACUCAAAAUUUCCCAUAGAGCAUUGCAAAAUGUAGUGACCAUCCAAUGGCCACUCACUGGUGGUGGGCAUCCCGUCAUGCAUUGUGUGAUGCGUCAUGAUGCUUCAUGCAAGCAAGAAGAGACAGAACCCAAGCUCUAUUUAGCAUUUUCAGCACAAGUUUUUUAUCGUCACUUCACUUGCAAGUGAUCCGUAUAGUUUUCAAAAAACUGUUGUUUGCUGCGUCAUAUACUGUAGUCUCGUGCACAAUAUGACGCAGCAAACAAUAUUCGGCAUGAAAAUAUAAGGCCCUUUAAAUAAAUUAUGAAUUUAUUGUUUUUUUUAUAUUACUUUUUUAUUUAUUUACGUCGAAGAGACACAAAGACCUCACAAAUGCAGUAGCUUAUUGUUUUGCAAAAGACAUGCUACUAAUAAGCACUGUAAAAUUUCAUUUUUUAUAUCAUGUUAUAUAUCAAUAUCAACUGUUGUGAAAAAAAAUAUAUUGUGAUAAACUUUUCCCAUAUCGCCCAGCCCUAACCUAGGAUAUUCACUUUCUAAGCAGUUUGAGAAGUUGCCCAAAUUCUCAUUGUUUUUCCCAAUAUCCUAGUUGAAGCCCUUUAUUAAUAAGGAUAAAUACUGACGCACAACAACUGUGCAUAUCAACAAAACAGGUUAGUGUGCUGUUGCUUUCCAUAAAUUAGGAGCUUAUUGAAUGAUGUACAUUGGACCCAGUUACAAACAGGGUAAAGUGGGACAAUGGGCUUCAGGCCAAUUUCACUGGACUGUGUGAUUAUUUUGUGGUAAUUCAGUGAACAAUAGCCAUGAGCAGCUCAAUUUUUUCAUGGGGCCUCUGAAACCAGUAAAUCUGACUAUAGUCUGAGAAGUAAAACCUCUUUCUAAAUGUGACACCAUCUUUUGUUCAGUCCCAGCCUCUCUUGGUUGUUUUGGGGUAGUGAAUAAGUAAAAAGUCCUAAAAUAAUUAAAGCUAGUGACAAUACCAGUAUUAAAGAGUUAGACAUGACUGCGUCUUGGUGUCCCCAUUUCCAGUUUCUGGUUAUGUCACAUAUAGCUGGUGUGCUGGUGCUAUAAAGUAGGAAAGGCUAGGGUUUAAACUGGUAAAAUGGGAAGCAUCAAAAUAUGUAAAUGCAGUUGUGACAUGAAUACAAUCAGAUAGAUGUUUGUAUUGUACUUCAACAACAGGAGCUAAUCAUUAAACUAUAAAUGUCAUGUGACUGUGACAGCCAGCCUUCCAAAUGUUUUUUUCAGAGAGCAAAGCAGUCAUUAGUGUUAAAAACUCUGAUCAUACAGUUAAGUAGUUUUACAUACUUUUUUAGCUACAUUGUUAUGAGUUGUCCAUCAAAUGAAAAUUUCUGUGGCAAUGUCUCAGCCUUUACUUUUAAACUUGAAGAAUGACAGCACUGGAAAGCCAGAUGAAGAGGUGUGGUUCUCAGGAGUCAGUACUGGGUGUCUCAGGAGCCAUUUUCACAAAACAUCUGUAAUGAUUUAACAACUAAGCAACACACCCGUUUGGAUUAAGCCUCAUAGACAAAGCCAAUUUCUAGCCUGCCCCAGCGAUUUUAAUAACACAAGAGCUAGUUGCAUCCAGUUAUCUUGUCUGUCAAAGAUUUACUGUAUUUCUCCUUCCUCUCAAAUAGGAAUUGCAACAGAAGGAGCAGCAGUGGAGGAGCAGAUGUGAGGAACUUCAGGGGCAGGUACAGCAACUCCAGGAGGACAAGGAGGAGCUGCAGUUAAGAUUAAAGGGCAGCCAUGCACAUGAAGGUAUGUCAUCAGGAUAUUAAAAUAUCCUCUGGGUUUUUGGAUUCUGUUUGUGAAAAGCUUACAAAAUCAUUUCUGAAAACAUUUUCUUCUUUUAAAAGCAGCUCUUUGCUUUACAUGUAGAUGUUACCAAGCUUAUCUUUCCCUCACCCUGGGAAAUUACGGGCCUCACACUGCUUGUGCAAAUGGGCCUUUCGGCUCUUGGCUGUGAGUCUCCAUGAUGGGGAGCAGUGCAAGUCAAAAAUUAUGAAAGGAAUAAAUAUGUGCGGAAUUAAACUAAUUAUGAACACACCUUAUUACCCUUAGAAGUGCUGUAUUUACACCCAUGAGGUUGCUAUCGGGUCUUCUCUUAAUGAGCUGAUAAACCCUGAGGCCAUCCGAUCAUUGGGUUCAGCCUUUCUACACCUCUCUAAGUAUGUAAAUAUAUGCAAAAGUACUUUCUGUGAAAAUGUUUCUCCACCACUCACUGUUCAUAUUCAAAGCAGUGGGUUAACAGUCAUAUUCACUGAGCCUAAAAGCAGUCAAACUGGUCAUUGUUAUGUUUGUAAUGCGGUUACUUUUGAAGCAGCGUAAGUUCUCUCAGGUGGAGGAGAGCUGUGCUUAUCCUCCAAACACAGCAACAACAGAAUGAAAACAGCACAAAAGGGAAUUAUUCUAAUGUUUUUCCACUACCCCCCUUUUGACAAAGUGAAACUAAAAUGUCGUACCUCCUCCUCCAUUCUCACUUUUGAUUUCUUUGUAAUGUAGACAACUCUCAACAGUUAUGUGAGCCAAAGGGUGGAGUUGUUUUGCUGACAUCUGUUAGCUCUGACAUGUAAAAACAUCUCUCUAAAUGCUUUUUGUGAUUUGUUUGAUAUGAGGCCAAGUGGCAGGUUCAUGCUACCAUUAAAUUCCUGUGAAUUACGUGACUCUUGUUUGGCUCCCAUGCCUCAUUCAACUGACGUCAAAUAUGAAAUAUUCUUUUGGUUAUUAAGGUUUGAUUUUAAUAAAUAAAAGUAUAAAGUUCAAGUUGUUUUUUGCUGCAGAGCCAGCAUGUCUGCAGGCUCAGUUUAUCCAAAUCAUAAAACAACAAGAGCAUGCAGCCUUGAAUAGUAUCAGGCUGUCAGUAAUCUUGGUGCAUAUUUGCCCAAAUUUUGACAUAUCCAUGUCAGAGAUUUCUCUUUUUGUUUCUCAAACAAAGGUUGAAGAAGUCUUAUUUUUGAAAAGGUUUUAAGCUAGAAAAUCAAAGUGAACAUUGAACUGCCUUUCUGCACACAGACUCGGGUAUUGUCGAUAAUCUACUGACCUAGCUGCAAGCAGACUGUAAAAAUUGUUGCGUAGAUUAUCCAGAUUAACUCCGAUCUGUUGUCAAGUUUUCCUCACGUUUUGUUUUUGCACAGCUGUGACCGGUAUUUUGCACUUAAUCUGCACCUUCUGCAAGAAACUCCGAAAACCUCCACCUCUCUGUAGUGUGGAUGACUUGAAACCUUUUGGUUGUAGGUCAUGUGGCUGUGAAAUGAAGUGUGAUGAUUUCCUCUGUUUCACGAUGAGCAUUACACACAUUCCUGAAGUGUAAAAAAAGUGCUUGAAUGUGUGUGUGUGUCACUUAGAAUUAUCUGGUUUCACUUUCACGGAUGUUUCAGAUUGACCACGUUCUCUCUGACAUGGUGAAUCUUAUUUAACGGAGCAUUUUAAUUUAUGGUCCAUUUGAAACAUUGGCCCCAACCAUAUGUUCUGAUUUAUAUUAAACUGCUCUCCUUUGCUUUUACAGUCAGCUUAUAACACAGUUUGAACAAACUGUCACUGUUUGCAGCCAUCGAGAGGAAGUUUUAAGCAACAAGCAGAAGUGAAAAACACCAGAUUCCUUUCUGCAGAUUGAUUUAAAAUGACGUGUGAUCAAGUUGUCUCUGCUAUUACCAUUGCUCUUGAAAAUAAAUCACUAUUUUUAUGAGGUUUUGAUCUAUCAGAAUGAAGUAUUUAACAGCCAAGUAAUAAUGUGUGUUAAUGUGUUUUUAGAUCGUGUGCAGCGGCAGGAGCGAGAGGUGAUGCUGAAGCUAAAGGAGGUGGUGGACAAGCAGAGAGAUGAGCUGAGGGCCAAAGUCCAGGAGAUAACUACCAUCUCUAAAGAGGUGGAGGCGGUAAGGAGUCAUGAACGCAGACCUGUCCCUUUGAACACAAUGACACACUUUCAUUGAAAGUCGCAAACUAAUGCAGAGCAGCUCUCAGCUGAAAAGGGGAAACUAUUUUUGUGUAAUGCAAUAGGUUAGGGGAUUUCUAGAGUGGGAAAAAAGUCCAAAGCCUUAUUACCUACACAGCCUUAUGUUCAUGCAGCGUUGAAGGAGGAGUCACACUAACUAACUUUCACCAAUAUACACAGAAAAUGUCACAGCCGGGUAAAGAGUUUAGAGAGCGGAGAUUAUCCACAUAGUUACUGGUUAAGGAUUAAGCUGCACUUAAGACAUGCCUUGGCAGAGUUAGUGUGAGUGUGUGUGUGUGCGCCUAAAUGAGUGUUUGCACGUGUCUGUAUGUCUACCACAUGAUUUCAAUAGCUGCCAUAACUGGGAGUGUGUUUGUCACUUUGCUCUUUGCUCCAUGUCAGUUGAUCCGGGUGAAAAAUUGAAGGAACAGCUCAUGGUCAACUGAACUAGUUUCUCUGUUGACACAGUAGAUGUCUCACAUUUUUUCAUCCUAACAAUGAAUGCUGCAUUUGUGUUGACAUUGUUGGAUUACAUUCCUUGCCCUCUUCAACCCCCAGACUUUGACUCCUACAAAUCCCAUGCAGGGAGACUUUUCCCUCCUUCUCAGAUAUAAACAGAGUGCUGUUGUGGUGAAGGCUUGACUUCUUUAUUUUGGUUUGUCACAGUAAUCUAUGUCGGGAGUUAUGGAAACAGUGCACCUUAAAACCUGUCCAAAAGUGUUUACCAGUGUCUUACCUUUGGGGGGAAAAAAAAGUUUUUUUAUUUUUGUAUAUAUUUAUGUGUGUAUUUGUGGUUUUGCAGCUCCAGGAGCAGCUAGAGCGCUUCAUGAAGAUGAAUGCGGAGCUGCGGCACAAACAGAACGUGCUGCAGGCUCAGCUGAAGAGCACGGUGGAGAGGAAAGCGGACAUGGAGGCCGACCUGAAGGAAAAAAGCAAAGAGAUCGAAAACCUGCUGGCACAGCUGGACACAACCAACAGCAACAACCCUGUAGGCUUGCCUCUUACUCUUUGUGUGUUUCAUAUAUUUUAUUUAGUUUUUGGGGUAAUGGCUGUGCCUCUGUUUCUCUGAAAAUGAGAGGAGAAGUGACCUCCCAGUCUAUCCUUAGUUCAAAAUGUUUCAUAUUAGAUCACUGAGUUUCAUGCAGUAAUACUUCCAGUUAGAUUCUAGUUAUUUUAAGCAAACUAAACCCUCAUGUCCAAAAAAAUCAGGGCAAAAAUAUUCAAAAUAAAGUUAUUAAGAAUGAGAGGCAUAAAUGUAAUCUUAUGUUUCAAAAAGACCACAGUAAUACUGACAGAGCAUCCAGUCUCCAGGCAAAGAAAUGAGUAGUGCUGAGUCACCCCAUAUUAAAAUACUGAAAUAGCACUGUGGUGAAGCAUGAAACCUACUGUAGUACACAAAAGACACUAAAAUUAAAUAUCUCAGACGCACCAAGAGGCAAAGAAAAUGAGUUGUGCCAAACAAGGAAAGGAAACCCUACAUUUCUCAGUCUUAAAGGUCGUCAACCAUCAGCAGAAGAAUUUUUAUUUUCUUUAAUUACUUCCUGAAACAGAAGUGCUGGUUUGACUCAUUUGUUACAUUUACAAUAAACCUAAACUCAAUCAUUAAUUUGUGUUACUGGAUUUUCUGGGAUCAGGAACUAAUUUUUUCUGCUUCCCUCACCUCUAAAUAGUCUCGCAGAAGCUAAACAUUCAACAAUUUAAUUUACAAUUUACCUCACUGUCUCAUCUAUUAAGCUCAGUACCCCACUCUUUUUUGUGACAAAGUUUGAAUAAGGUGUUAAAUCUGUAUGUCUCUGUGUGUCCUCCCAUCAGUCCAUUAAGAGCCAAGCAGCUCGAGCUUCAGCGAAAAAAACGGCGGUGGACCAGAAGGAUCCUGAUCAGCCCUGCUUUACCAAGAAGGAGGUACGAGACAUCCUUUUUGAGAGGAACGAGCUCAAAACCAACCUCUUCCUGGUGCAGGAGGAGCUCAACUACUAUCAGAGGUACAUCAUGACUUCUUGUUACUAUUUAUACACAGAUUUGGUUAAGAACAGCUCCUGGUGAUUUUCAUUUUACAUGUCAGUGAAAGUGACUAUGUUUUCUGCAGGGAGAUCCUGAAUGAAGAGAGGUGUCCAGGCUUUCUGUUAGAAGCCGUCCGCUCUGCCAUCAAUAAAAGGAGAAAGCUCAUUAAGGCGAAGAUGCUUGGGAUUCCUGUGAAUGAAUGCGAGAGCAGGUACACCAAAUACACAACAUGCAUUCAGUACCUGUGCACGAGCAAAGAUCCUACAAUCGGAGGUUAAAACAUGUUUGUUUUCUGUUACAGUGAUGAGGAUGAGAGGGGCUCUCUGUUCGAGCAAUCAGAAGCAAAUGGUACAGAAGUGGACGGCACUGAUAAACCAACCGAGUCACGCAUUCAAAACCUGUGAGUAGAAGUUCAUCUACUACUGCUGAAGCACGACAUGAAACUGAAACACUGGUCUAAAUUAUCACAUCAGAUUUAAAUACGAGUGAAUUAAAAUAGCCACAUGUCACUGCUGAACAGCGGUGUUUCUUCUGCCUGACUUUGAUGUGUGUGUGUGGGAGCGGUCUGAUAAAACACACAAGCGCACGUUAUGAAGACAGUUUAUUUCUUCUGCAGUGAUUUGUCUCAUCAGGAACACAGCAGUAAACAGGCCAGUGGGUGAUGUUUCGGUUCUUCUAGUGAUAGUUUACUAAGUGAUAUCACUGAGAUUUUCUCAAAACACAGACAACUUAUGAUUUUCCUAAUGUUGUUUGCAUGAAAUCAUAGGCCAAAACAACAACAGACACGUGAUCAAAGUCCUGAGAAUAAUGUGACCCUUGCUGCCUCACAUUUUAUGCUAUUAACCCAUUUAAGCAUGAUGACUCACACCAAGGCCUUCUUCUCGGAGUUCUUAUGUUUUUUCACUCCUUUAACAUGUUUACACUAAAAGGCCGUGGUGCUAAUGAAGUCCUGUAAUUUAAUUUGAAGUGGGCGUCUUACUCAUGCUCUUGUUUUUCCCCUCGUAUUGAGGCUGGCCUCUCAGAAAAGUGAGACAGAGUGUGCUAACAGGCCUAAACUUAUCAGGAGCAAGACCCGGGAAUUAUGAGGAGCCAGGACUUUCAGGAAAGCAAACCUGACUUCACUCUUCACUACUUGGAAUUUGAGUGAAGGGAGGAGUUGUGAUUCAAUUUUGUCCCUAAUAUCUGAAGGGCCACAUUAUUUUCUGUCUUACUGUUGCCUGUUUUGCUUAUUGCUGAUAAUUACGAUACAUAAGCAGUCAUAAAAUAACACUUUUUUUUCCCAGCGAAAAUCCCCUUAGAGAAAAACACUAUAAUUGCACAACAACUUAAUGAAAUACAAAGCAAGAGCCGUAAAAAUGCCUCAGUACUGCUUUAAAAACCAAACCAUAACAAAUCAGAUAUUGACGGUGAAUCUAAGCAUCAGUGUCCUCUCUCUCUCUCUCUCUCUCUCAAUCCUGCCCUAUAUUUAGCUGUAAUCCCUGCCCACAACACUGACCUCAUGUCUCUCUUUCUUCUCUGCCGGCUGUAGCUUCGGCUUCCUGACGCGGUCGGGCAGCGGCAGAAGCCCCACCCACCUGAAAAACUCCUCCUCCACGUGGGAGAUCAUCGAUGAUUCAGAGGCCUCGAACGAGCUGGAGCACCACGCGUCUCUCUGAGUGCAGCACUGACCUCAGACAGUUUGUUUUCAGUUGAUUCCUUUUUUUUCCUUUUUUUUUUCUCAGUCACAGCUUCUCCUUUUCUGCUCAGGAGAAGAGGUGACAAAGACUUUUAAAUGCAGCCCCGGUGUUUGUAACACAAAAUAAUAAUGUAAGUGUGAGAAGAGAGAAUGUACAAACAUGUUUAAACACACUUCUUUUUAGAUUUUGUUCACUUUUCUUUUCUCUCCAUGUUUGUUCCACUCAUAUCCAGACCCCCUUCACAGUUACUUGUCCAUGUAGGAAUAACAGACAGUAAUAAGAGACGUUUUUUUUUUUUAACUAACCUUAAAAAGGAGCUUCCUUUAUUCAUAAACCCAUCGUUUUAUUCAUUACCAUUACAUUUUUUUUAUCAUCCACAUAUAUUUAUUAAGGUCCAAAAACAGUUUUAGCAGAAAAACCAAAGACAAAAAUACAAGUGUUUAUAUUCUGAAAGAAAACUUCCUUUUCUUCAAUGUUUAAAAGGCAUUUUAAGUGAACUCCUGCUCCACCAGGGGGCGUAUUUUUUAUUUCAAAUAAGGUUUUACCAUAGAUUUCUCUUUUACCUCAGCAGGGGAAUAUUUCAAAGCCAUGUUUUUUUUCUUAAUUUGAAGCACUUUCAUGCUCAAGGUGAAGAAAUCUGUCCUCCUUCUGUCAGCCCUCUUGAGCCUUAGUUCACAUUUAUAUUGUACAAAAAAAAGAGUCUUAUUUUUUAGUAAAGUUUUAAUGAAAUAAUGCUUUUGGGUGGUUUUAUUUGAUGUUGGUGCCAUAAAUGCUCACAUACGUGUGGAAACAGGUGUUUUUGUUGAAGAAGUGUUACUUUGAUUGUGGAAAUGAGAAAUGGUUCUUAUUUUUUUAUCCACUAUCUCCAUAAGCUGACAAGUUACCAUGAGGCGACCACAGUACCUUUGUCCCACCAUUACACUACAGUAUUGAGACAAUGAUGGGCCAGUGGUUUUGUAUUCACUGAGUGACAAUGUGUAAACCAAUCACUUCACGUUGUCCUAGAACACUGUUUUUCAGUGUCUUUUUGUAGGUGAGUUUCAUGGAAAGUGUGCUGCCUGAAAUACUGAUUGCCAUGUCAAUGAUGAUACAUGAUAAAGUUGGAUUUUCUGUGACAUAGAGAUUCAAUAAAAUCCAUUAUGUAUUUAAAAA